UUUGGAGUUACACAGUGUGACAGGUUAAUCUCAGAGUAAGCAACGCCUCUCCUCAUUCUCUUAUCGACUGAGACGUUCCUAAGAGUUUUUCUGUUCAACUCUCUUUCGGCAGAGAUUUGGGUUAAACCAGGAAGAUCUCUGCAUCAUGGCUGCUACCGGAACGUUCCGCAUGGUAUCCGAGGAUGAGCAGGCAUUACGCGCUAAGCUCGAGCAUCUGACGGUUAAGGACCACGGGCCGGUGUACGGACCCUGUGUCAAACUGCCAGACCACACCAUACAGAAGGCUAAAGAUGAAUUAAAUGAAACGGUAGAAAAGAGGAUAUCGUCUGUGAAAGAACUGAGAUCCUUGACUAAAGAAAAGGCAAGCGGAGACGAUCUCGCCAAAGCUGUGCAGGAACAUUUUGGGGACAAACCCGAUUCCCUACUUCUGAGAUUCAUACGGGCACGAAAGUAUGAUGUGAGAAGAGCGCAUGAACUUAUGAGAGGUUAUGUGCGUUUUAGGCGAGAUUACCCUGAACUGUUUGAGAAUUUAACCCCCGAGGCCGUACGCAGUACUAUUGAAGCUGGCUACCCACGAAUCCUCUCCACCAGAGACAAAUACGGCCGAGUGGUGCUGCUCUUCAACAUUGAGAACUGGGAUUUAGAGGAGGUCACGUUUGAUGAAUGUCUGCGUGCGUACUGCGUAAUCCUCGAGAAACUUCUGGAAAAUGAGGAGACUCAAAUUAACGGUUUUGUCCUUGUUGAGAAUUUCAAGGGUUUCACUAUUCAACACGCGUCAGGCAUCAAACACACAGAGCUUAAAAAGAUGGUGGAUAUGUUACAGGACUCCUUCCCAGCCAGAUUCAAGGCUGUGCAUGUGAUCCACCAGCCCUGGUACUUCACAACCACCUAUAAUGUAGUGAAACCUUUUAUGAAGAGUAAACUAUUGGAGAGGGUUUUUGUUCAUGGAGAUGAGCUUGAUGGCUACCUCCGGGACUUCGGUGCUGAAAUUCUUCCCCCAGAUUUUGAUGGGACGGGGCCCAACUGUGAUGGCAAGGAAACGGCCAUCAAACUUUUUGGAUCUGAAGACACCGCUCUUUAAAGUUUUUUACUAUUUAGUAGCCAAUAGUAGAAGACUACUACAAACUUUUUUUUUAAACAUGAAGGUAUUAGAAAUGUGUUUAGAGAAUUAGGCCUAUUCAGUUAUUCUGUUGUUGUAAUACGGUACAUAAACAUGAUUUUAGUGAUGAUGAACUGUAAGGGAUACAGGUUUUAUCUAAAGUUAUACAAAAACUGAAAAAUGUUGUAACUGUCAUUGAAAUCUUUGCCUUGAUAAACUGUGGCCUAAAGUUUUCAUGAGUAUCAUAACGUUUUGUAAUGUGUGUAAUGGUUAGAUAAACAAUGAUAUGAUUAUACAAAGAUAUCAGUUUUUAAUUU